AUGGAUUACUACCGCCGGCUCCACCAGAGCUCCUAUCCACCCCGUCCAUCACCACUGGGCACCUCACAAGAACCACGCGAUGACCGGUCUCGACCCUACGCCGCACCAUCAACAGCUGAACCUCGUCAUCCGGAGAAUAAUGACAAGGUUCGGUCCACGAGCCGCUAUGACCAUUCCGCCACUACCUCAAAUAUCUACUCUCCGGGCGCAUCGCGUGCAGCACCGUCGCAUCCACUCCGAGAAAGUACCAGCGCCCAUGUCUCUCCAUCUAGGAGUCAACAGAUCCAACAACACCGCCGACACGCGAGUCUAGAAGCAAGGCAUCACCCACAUGGACAUCGCCGAAAUCAUUCCCAGCCACAGGCGGGUCAACAACGCGAAGGACAACAAGAACACUCCGCUCCGCCGGCCUUCGGUAAUCGCCAAAUGCCUCCUCCCUCCUCGCCGCACUCUUACGCUGCGCGAUCGCAAUCGGUGAACGCGCCCGCAUCAUCCCUGCUUACUCGCGAUGGUCCAGCCAACCACCCUCAUCGACCCGGGAGCAGUAUGUCAAUUUCGGCCAUGCUUGGCUCAGAUGCAGAGCGUCCGUCACGAGAGUCAGCCUCGUUGUUUUCACGGCCAUCUGCAUCGUCGAUGUUUGGCUCGGCUCCGACCUCAGCGUCAGCUGCGGGAAUGUCCCCUCCUACCGCCCCAACACGAGGAUCUCCCAUAGAUUUCCGUCGAUCGCAAACUCCCGAACAAUCUUUCUCGAGGCCGCAACUGAGCCGGCCCUAUCGAUCUGGCUCGGGGGGUGGAUCGAGUCUUCUGGGUGCAGAUCAAUCGAAAUACGGAACCAUGUCACGCGUGCCACUCUCACAAUACCCCGAGAAAUCCCAUUCGACGCAGCCAUCCCCUCAAAUGUCCCCUGCUGAGCCUCCUUACAAUGAGCCCCGUCGCAUGAGUUUUAGUGGUCCGAUCGCGCGUCCCAGCAGCCAACCACCCAACGCAGAGACGCCCGCGCGUCCUCCAGGAUACAGUCCUCUCUCUCGCCCAGCCGGCGGCUUAGCAGAGCGAUUUGAGCCGGGCCAACGAGUCUCUGCACCAUAUGCAGGUCUCGAUCCCCACGCUCGCUUUGGAAGUCUGUUUGGAGAUCGCCGACCAGAAGAGAACUCGCACAGAGAUCGAGAUCGGGAUCGAGAUCGGGAUCGGGAUCGGGACCGGGAGCGCGCGGCUCAUGCGAUGGAUCCAAAGGGGCAGAUGGCGACCUCGUCAAGGUUCAGUUCACUCUAUGGUGAACGGGAUCCUCUUGAACAUCAAUCUAGUGCUUCGGCGUGGGAUCAUGGCCGCUCGCAUCCUCCCUCUCCGGAGAGUAAGCGGUUUCCGGCACCUGAAUCAGCCUCCGGCUUCGGAUUUGGCGCGAUUCAAAGUUACACGAAAUCUUUGGGAUCUCAGCCUGGGGGUGGUCGUCAACCGCCUUCGCUGCACACUGGACAUCGCCAACCAACGCCCUCUCCUCGCGAAUCGCCCUAUCUGAGUAAGCAACAACCACAACCGCUACGCUUAGGAUCUAUGCCAGCUACAACUGCUGCCGCUGGCGCAGGUCUUCUUGGCCUUGCCGCAGCCGGCGAAGAAGGACGCCGCAAGGGCAGCGAUGAAUUACUGCAUCACCGCAAUUUACUUGCAGUUGGCGUAGAUGGUAAACGGGGCGGUCGCGCAUCACCACUUCCCCAAGCUGUGCAGGGUGCACAAGCCCCGUUUAUUGGUCCAUCUGGAGAGCCUAGCAUCAAGAAUGAGUUAGGCAGAGUCUUCUCUGGUAUUGGCAGUGGUGUUGGCGGAGUGACGGCCGUCUCUUCUGGCAGUGGCCCGUCGACGCCUUUGAUCUCCAGUCCAUUCAAGCGUGACGCCACAGGACGUCCCGUGAAUGACGAAAUUGACGAUGGCAAACUGCCUCGUCCCACAUCAGCUACGGGUGCCAGGCGAUCACGAAAGUCUCGAGACGAUGAUCAAAUGGAACUCGAAGGGAGCGGCCUUUCUACACGAGGGUCUCGACGACCUCGCCAUCUUCACCAACAUCACCAUCACCAUCAUCAUCACCACCACCGUCACAAGGCAGAGGAAGAAGCUGCUGCGUUGGCUGGCCUCCACCGACCCCUCUCCACUGGUUACUUUGGCCGCACGUCCACUCCUGCGGAACCUUCUGCUGGUCAUCACCAUCAUCACCACCACCAUCACCAUCAUCAUGCUCCUCGCCCUACUGAGACCCUCUCUCCCCUCCGAGAACCUCGCAUCACCGUUAAUCUAGAGCCUCUCCUCUCAAGCGUCGCUCAUCUCCCCCGCCAACAUCUGGGAUCCACACUGUACACCCCUCGCAUCAACACUCCUUCAGCCAAGGCCUCUCCCGAGAGUUCCAAAUUUGGCUACACAACCACUCCCCAACCUCUUCCACGUUUCGAACAUCGUGAAAACUGCACUUUUACCGUUCGCGUGCCGCGUUUCCGAAUCGAUCAGAACCAUCGCGAGGAAAUCUGCGCAAGACGAGCACUAUGGGGCACCGGUGUCUAUACCGAUGACUCUGACCCUGUCGCUGCGGCCAUCCACUCUGGCUUUAUUCGUGGUGCAUGGGGCGACGACGUGGAUGAAUCCAUGCUCGAUCUAGAAAUUAAAGACCACUACCAACACGCCCCGCCGCCCACAACAGAGAAGUCAGAUGGACCCCGUUUGCCUCCACUCCCUCCACCUGAUCAAGAUCUUCACAUCACUUUAUUGGUUCUGCCGCGCUUGGAGAAGUACGAUUCCACUGUUAUGUUUGGUAUCAAGUCCCGCAAAUGGGAUGGUCGACAUGAUGGUAUGAGUUUCAAGGUGCACCGUGUAGACUGGGUGGAUGACGGUGUUGGACGCGGCGAAGAGCGAAGUGGCGAAGCUCGACGUAAACGUCUGCGCACCCUUAUGCAGACCGGUCGCAUCUGUACCGGCCCUGCGAUGGCUAGAAUGGAUGAGCUCCGUCGUGCUGGAGUUCAAGUUCCUCGAACGCUUGAGGGCAAGGAGCAGCCUACGCCUGUGCAACCGGUUUCUUGA